AUGGUUUCAUUGUCUGAAGACUUGCGCCGUGAAUUUGGUCGUUAUGGGCCUAUAGUUGAUGUAUACGUUCCACUUGACUUCUACACUCGUCGUCCCAGAGGAUUUGCUUAUGUUCAAUUUGAAGAUGUCCGUGAUGCAGAAGAUGCUCUCCAUAAUUUGGAUCGAAAGUGGAUUUGUGGUCGGCAAAUAGAAAUCCAGUUUGCACAGGUUGCAUCACCAAAUCAAAUGAAAGCCAAGGAAGGGAGAAACCUAUACAGUUCUUCUCGUUACGAUGACUAUGACAGAUAUAGGCGAUCUAGAAGUCGGAGUUACGAAAGGAGACGAUCUAGAAGUCGUUCUUUUGAUUACAGCUAUAGAAGAUCGUAUAGUCCCAGAAACAGUAGACCUACUGGAAGACCUCGUCGUAGCAGAAGCCAUUCGGACAAUGAUAGGUUCAAACACCGCAAUCGAUCUUUUUCAAGAUCUAAGUCCAAUUCAAGAUCACGAUCCAAGUCACAGCCCAAGAAAGAAAUGAAGGCUAAAUCACGGUCUAGGUCUGCAUCUCACACCAAAUCUAGAGGCACCUCUAAAACAGAUUCUAAAACACACUAUAAGUCCAGCUCAAGAUAUGAAAAGGAGUCGAGAAAAAAAGAACCAGCUAGAUCCAAAUCACAGUCAAGAUCACACUCUAGAUCUAGGUCAAAAUCCAGAUCAAGGUCGUGGACUAGUCCCAAGUCCAGUGGCCACUAACAGUGUAUCCAUGUUGUUUUUAGGCAUGUAAGAUUCAUUUACACACAGUUCAGUUUACUUAAAUUAUCAGGAAUAUGAUGUUGCAACAGUGCUAAAAAAUAUUUCUUUGUCAGUUUUCCCUGUAGCCGACAAUGGUUAAAAUUAAAACAGUGUUGAGAAGCCACUGAGAGAGAGAGAGAGAGAGAGAGAGUGUCCACUUGGUUAAAUGUCAUGGGCAGCUACUGAUUUGGUUGUGGUGUCUCUAUGUAUAUUUUUGUAAAGAUUUGCAUUUUUAAUGCUUAGAUAUUGGUGAUGACUUGAUUGAUCGUAACUUGCAACAUUGUCCUAUUAAAAAAUGUCAUACCCAUAGAGAAAUUGGUACCAGUUUGUGCUGAACAGUUAAACCAACUGUUUAACUUGUUCUUUAAGGCUAAACUUUGUGAUAAAACGGAAAACUGGACAGCUGUAGUGCAACACUGACUGCUGCGAAAUGCAGACUGGCAAUUCUAUGUUUCCAUUGUUCAAAGGCAGGUUUCCGUGUUCUCCAUGCCCACUGACACAAGUAGGUUGGUAAAUGGAGCUCGAUGGAGAGAUGGUUCUGAGAUUUCUCUUUAACCCUGCCAUCUGGAGGGAUGGUACUAACAUUGCAUGUACUACAUGGGGAGAGAGUUGGUCUUGGGAGCUCAAUCAGAGACUGUGCAGUGUCGUGACCUGUCAGGAUAGAGGCUUCACGGCUUUUGACCUGGCUGCUAGUACUAAAUGUGCGAGGAAAGAAAACCACAUUGAAAUGGAAAAUUAAAUUCCGAUUUCAGCAAAUGGCAGAGCAACUAAAUAUUAGGUUGUGUGUACAUUUUAUGCAGUUUUUGUAUCUAUUCUAAAUUUUAGUGAGCAGUUAACCAUAAAAUUGCUUAGUUUUCCUGCUGUUAGAUACAAGUAGAUUGUUUCAAGUUGUGUGUGUACAGUAUAUAAGAACUAAACUUUUAUGCCAAUGACUCCUGUGGUUAGUUGGUGUAUUCAUAGGUGUAAAACUGUAGCCAUCUCUCUUCCUGAGUAACAAAGGCUUGCUUUUACACAUCAAAAAGUAUUUGGUCAAGCAAGUCUGAAUCACUGCUUCCUCAGAACGGAUAGUGGUUCGGUUACAAGAUUUCAUUUUACUUAAGAACAAAUGUUUGAAGUUGGAUAUGAACAAGAGCUGCAUCUCUAGCUAUUUAGUUUAUCACUAAUACAGUAUAUUUAGUAAAUUGAAUGUGAAAAAUAACAAAACCAGUGUGUAAUCUUACCAGUAUUUCUCUAGAAGGCAAGAUACUUUGUUAUGAAAACGGCUUUUGGCGUUGUUUUUUUCUAUUUACCUUCCAAAGCCAGCCUCAAACACCUAGUGUUCCUUGCUGUCUUAUGUAGUAGCAGCGUAUAAAGACAUUGAUUUCACAAAGUUCCUUUUUAGAGAAAUAUUUUAGGUUUUGGUUUUAGUGUUUUCAGCAGGGCCUUUGAAGAAACGCAGAUGGCUUUUAAAUACUGGCGGUGGAACGUGCUUAGGGGGUUGAUUCUAGAAUCUUUGUACAUUUGAUAGUAUUUCUAACUUUUUCUUUACUGUUUGCAGUUAAUGUUCAUGUUCUGCUAUGCAAUCAUUUAUAUGCACGUUCCUUUAAUUUUGUAGACUUUCCUGGAUGUAUAGUUUAAAAACAGCAAAAAGUCUAUUUAAAACUGUAGCAGUAGCGUGCAGCUCUAGCAGAGGAAAGUUGUGGGAUUAAACUUUGUAUUUCCUUUCUUAUAGAGGCUUCUAAAAAGGUAUUUUUAUAUGUUCUUUUUAACGAAUAUUGUGUACUACCUUUAAAACAUCAAUGUUUUGAUCAAAAUAACUAAAGACCCAGCUUAUUUUCUGCUUGCUGUAAAUUUAGCAAACAUGCUGUAAUAAAAAAAUGAAGGAAA